CACAGGGUCCGCUGGCUUUUGUUGUUACUCAGCACCACGGCAGCUGAUCACACAAAUCGGUUUUGUAGCUUAGGGUGGAAAAACGAAAACCUGCAGACUCUUGUUGGCUUUCCAGGACUGGGACUGAAGAGCAGUGCGGUUGGCACAGCCUGCACGCAGACUGCGUCGGUACUGGAUCUGCGAGCUGUUUUUGCGCUACGUGCACGGUGACGCGGGCGUGUUCGCACAGGAGGGUUGAAGGGGCACGACUCCUCGUUAGAUUGCUGAUUGGAAAUGCGCGCGGACACUCCCUGGGGGCGAACGGUGACCUGCCGUUGAAAAUUUCCCAUAAAGUUCGUUUUAAACCCAGCUCCUGGAAAUCCAGUUGUUUCCGCCCUGAUCCCGGCAAUGUGUACCCGUCGUCCGUGGAAGGUCACACACUGAAGGCCGUGGGGCAGUACACACAGUGCCUUUGUUUUCAGAAAAAGAGUAGUUUGUUUUUAUGGUCAUUUAAAACCCACAAGAAUCUUACGGGCUAUUUUGUUACCCAGACAGGCCCGCGUGUUUGUCCUGUUUCGAAUGCGUUCGGCUGAAGAGCCUGUUAGCAUAGCAGCUAGUAGCUGCGGCGCUUAUCCGUAGCGUCUCUGCAUGGUGGAACAUGCGGAGGGCUCUUGAUCCGCCUAGAGCGAAGUGACUUCAGACGUGCCUCUGCUUGUGUUCAGCUCGUAAAAGGCAAACACCUCGCUCAAGGAUACAACAGCAGUGACCCACCAGGAAUUGAACCUGCAACCUCUGAGUUACAAGCCAGGCUCCCUAACCACUAUACUACACAGUCUGCAUCCCAGCUGGAGCCUCACUUAUCAGAAGCAAGCGCAGGGAACCUCGAUCAUGAGAUGCUGGGAUCGCCCCAUGCCCUGGGCGUUUGAAGGCCCAGUUCUCGCAACCUGACGCGCUGAGAGGAUGCUGGGAUGGGUUUCCUCCUCGGCUAUGGAAGAGGCAUCGGCAGCGCUCGCUUCGGAGGCCCGUGCCAGCGUUUCCGCUGAACCCCCGACUGAACCGCAGGUCCUCCUCCGUCCGCCGGGUCAUGUUCUGCGCUCGGGAGCCCUCGCACAGACCCCAGCACUGAACUAUGUCUCCGCUCGCCGUCCUGCUCCUCCUGUGUGGCUUGCUCACCGCUCCGGCGCUCCCUGAAGGGGUCUGCCAUGGGUGUAAACCCCGAAAAAGUGUCCCCUACGACAGUGCCAGUAUCAAGCUGUUCAGAGAGGACAACGUGUGGAACUACACCACCAUGCUCCUGCGGGAGGACCUGGGCCUGCUCUUCCUCGGGGCGCGCGAGGCCGUCUUUGCCCUGGACAUGGCUGACAUCUCCCACAGGAAGGCUCAGGUCUACUGGCAAGUCACAGAGGAGAAGCAGAGAGAAUGCACCUAUAAAGGAAAAAACGCUAAAACCGAAUGCAGAAACUACAUACGGGUCCUGCAGAAAGCGGACGAUGACAGAAUGUACGUGUGCGGAACCAACGCGUUCAGUCCCACCUGCACUUACAUGACGUACACUGGCGGGCAACUGAGGCUCGAGGAGCAGCAGGAGGAGGGAAAAGGCCAGUGUCCGUUCGACCCGUUCCAGAGACACUUCUCCAUCAUGAUAGACGGGAGCCUGUACUCCGCCACCUCCAACAACUUCCUGGGCUCGGAGCCCGUGGUGCUCCGGAGCUCUGCCACCGCCAUACGGACAGAAUUCAAGAGCUCCUGGCUCAACGAGCCCGUCUUCGUCCACAUGGACGUGGUUCGGGAGAGCGAGGGCAGCUCCGACGGGGACGACGACAAGGUCUACAUGUUCUUCAGCGAGAACGCCGUGGAGUACGACUUCCCCAACAAGCUGAUGGUGUCGCGCGUAGCGCGCGUUUGCAAGGGGGACGUUGGUGGCCAGCGGACGCUGCAGAGAAGGUGGACCACGUUCUUAAAGGCCCGUCUAGACUGCUCUGUCCCAGAGCCCAGCCUCCCCUACAUCGUCCAAGAUGUCUUCCUGCUGCAGCACAGCGACUGGCGGGAAAGCAUCUUCUACGCCGUGUUCACCCCGCAGGGCUCCUCAAAUAUGUCAGCGGUGUGCGCGUACAGUGUGACCGCCAUCGGAGACGUGUUCUCCAAAGGGCGGUACAAGACGUCCGUCACCGUGGAGACGUCCCACGUGAAGUGGGUGAUGUACAGCGGAGAGAUACCUGUCCCUCGACCCGGGACGUGCAUUAACGACGCCGUGAGGAAGCAGGGCAUUCAGAGCUCCAUGGGGCUGCCGGAUAAGACCCUGCAGUUUGUGCGGGACCGGCCCCUGAUGGACGAGGCCGUGCGGCCCCUGACGGGGGGGCCCCAGCUGGUGAAGAGGGGCCCGAUGUUCACCCGCAUCGUCGUGGACCGCGUGACGGCACUGGACGGGCACAGCUACGACGUCAUGUUCAUCGGCACAGAGAAUGGCUUUGUCCAGAAAGCCGUGAACUACAAUGGCGAGAUGUUCAUCAUCGAAGAGGUGCAGCUGCUUCCUGUCCCAGAGCCAAUCAAAACCCUCCGGCUCUCUCGCGUCACGGGCCAGCUGUACGCGGGAUCAGAGACCGCCGCGGUGCAGAUGGCGUUGAGCGACUGCAGCCGCUACAGGUCCUGCCAGGACUGCGUGCUUGCCAGAGACCCCUACUGUGCGUGGAACGCCACUGCAGCUCUCUGCACCGCUGUGUCCAGCCGGGACUCAGACAGGACCCUGAUCCAGAGUUUGAGAGAUGGGAACGAAUCCCUGUGUCCAGGCUCAGCGAGCGUGGAGCCCCAGAGCCAGACGCUGAUCCCGGGAAACAACAUCCUCCUGCAGUGCCGGCCCGACACCAACCUGGCCCAGGUGCUCUGGCUCUUUGACGGCCGGCCGCUGGGCCCCUCCGACGCCAAGUACUUCUUCUACCACGAGGGCCUGAUCGUCCGCCACGCCGCCGCAGCCGACGCCGGCCUCUACACCUGCCAGUCCGUGGAGUGGGUCGGAGGGGCGCGGCACACCAGGACCGUGGCGGCCUACCGGCUGCAGCCCGGAGGCGGGGAGCCGGCGUUACCCCCCACGGAUGCCCCGCCCACACAGUCCCCGCCCACAGGCGCCCCGCCCCCGGGCGCCACGUCCACAAAGGUGCCCGCGAAGGAGGCCUUGACCGUGACCCCCGAACUGCAGGGGGAGGAUUCCUCCUUCCUCUCACAGUCGCAGGGCAAGCAGGGCAAGAUUAUAGCCUUGCAGGUGGCUGUGGCCCUGCUGUCACUGCUGCUGGUUGCCCUGGUGACCUGGAACGUGUGCCAGGGGCAUUUCCCUUUGCUGAAACGCUAUGCGCCCAAGUCCCUGGGGCACGCCGGGGUCCGGCAGACCCAAAACUCCCCUCCGGACUUCACCGUGCGCCAGGUGCCCUUUCAGACCAAGGUGGCCUCCGAGACCAAGCUGCUGGUGACUCCGGCGAACUGCAACGCCGGCAACAACCAUUCUGGCGGCGACUCGACGCAGCCUGUCGCCAAUCACAACCUGUCUCCCAGAGUCGUUUCCCCGAUGGACGUCUUCAAGUACAUUAACGACGAGUCGGAGAUCUGAUCUGUUCCUGGCGAAAUGUUUUCAGGAAAUAGGGCAGCUGAUUAAAAAAUAUAUAUAAAUAUAUAUAUAUAUAUACGUUAUAUCAUUUCACGUGCUGUGCGAUGAGGGUUUUAUUCAAUAGUCUUGGGAAAACCAGCUUGCUGUUUAAAAGUGGGGUGGAUGUGCCAAUAGAAGGCACUCAUCCAUCUGGGCCAGAUGGACUCCCCACAGUUCUGAGGGGACACUGUGCUGUAGGAAGUUGUUUCCCAAACUACCUUUGCCUCUGUCUCCCCAUAGUAGAAAGCAGCGCAUUAGCACCUUUACUACCACACACACACACACACACACGUGGACGCACGCACACGCACGCAUGCAUACAUGCACGCAUACACGGACACACACACACUACACACUGACUGCACAGGUUGUUACUUUUGAAUGUACUUUCUCACCUCAAGCAAGAAUGACAACCUUACUGUAAUGUUGUAAAAAAAAAACAAAAAAAAACUUUUGUGGUACUAAAUACAUUUUUAAAAAACCUGUGAAAUGUUGUGAAAGUGUGUAUUUGUGAUUUUUUUGAUGAUUGUGUAUUUGUGAAAGUCCUUUGAUAAAAUACAACUCAUCAAAUGUAUUAACUGGCUUCAUAUUAGGGUUUUGUAAAUUUGUUGCCCUUGAUUUUAUGCCAGCUGUUUUUUUUUUUUUGUUGUUUGUUUGUUUUAAAAAAUAUAUUUUUGUCAUGUUGGAAACUGAUAUUUCAUUGUGCACCCGUGCACCUGUCUCAAAAAAAUUCUGAGACAAACACAGCUGAACCUGGGGCGUGUGAGGGAUGGAGAGGUGUUUUUUUUUUUCAGUACCAGACAUCAAAUCCCAUUAUCAUUACUACAGUGGAUGAAGCAUGGUGUUCUGAACAACAACGUAUUCAUCUAUUCAAACAGAGGUUCAAGCUUCAGCAGUCUAACGUCUACUGGCAUGCCCUUAUGACAACAAAACAUCCAAGUAUACCCCUGGGCGUACUUGUCAGACAUUAGGCUAGGAGUACCUGCAUUGCACAUCGAGUCUGUGCAUUCUGUAGCGAGAAUUCGAGACAUGACGCGUAUCAAAUGAAUUUCUUUCUUUUCUUUUUUUUUUUUUUAACGUAGCCUAUUUUCACAUGAGGGCACGUGAAGUGUGAUUAAGGCGAACUAGACAUAGUUAGGCCUGCCAUUUGUUGCUACGAGAAAGACGUAAAUGUCAUAAGAAAUCUGACGUAGCAAUGUAAAGCACUGUUCUAAUUUGUCUGGGGUGACAGGACGCCUAACGUUUACGAAGCAUCACAGUGCGCCGUGACUAAUGGGCUAGCGUUAACAGACUGUUUUUCAUGUCUGACAUCUGGUGACUGGUGUCCGUGUGGAUGGAGCAUCUGUGUGCGUCAGACUUACAACCGAUGUCGACCAAGAUGAAAAGUCCUUCCUAGCUAGAUGGGUUUUCAAAAAAGCAGGCUGUUCGUAAGUUACAGUAACAGUUGAAUCACCAGGUAAUAUAGGCUAUGAACAAAACGUUAAAUUCAGCGUACUACCAGCAAAUUCGAGAAAUUGUGAGUUUGAGGAAAAACAUGAAUUUAACGUAUUUGUUAAAUAACUAACGCGAAACUGUUUGCCAACUAUCUACCAUUUGUGAGCUAGCAGGUGGCAAACUGAACCAAACCAUACUAGCGCCUGUAAAUCGACACGGCAGCUACCAAACGUAAGCUUCGACUCAUUGAGAACUUUAAAAAAAACUGGUUAGUCUGCAGCAUUUAAAUAUUUUGUUCGAACAAUGUAUUGGCAUGGUUUAUGAGCUAUAGUGCUAGCGAGCUCCGCACAAUACGCUUUUUUUGUUAACGUGUUAAACUGUACGUAGCCUAUAUACAGUACACCUCCUGAGUUGGUGUAGAUAGCUAGCUUCUGGACAUUUUUUUUUUUAAAAGGAUGGGUUUCAUAGAAACAGUAACUAUGGGGAGCCAUUUCUGGCUGCACUCUGACAUGGCCACCUGACGUAGCAAAUACAAAAUAUAAUCACUGUCCAAACAGCACACUGUUACACUUCACUUGGCGCUUGAAGAGACAAAGGUGUGUAUUUUAGAUGAACUGGGAUUAUUAAAGCUGUGGUUAUUGAGUUGUAUACGAAGGGUUUGAUGGAAGAAUUUGAAAUGUCGGUUCCUUUUUCAAAAGUAUUUGGACUGUAUUUGGGAAAAGUAGGCUAUUUGCUUUUAAGUAAUUGUUUAAUGUGAUCACACAAUACUUUUUCCUGCACUGUAUUGGAGAAUACAUCAAAUAUAUGUAUUUUCAAAGACUUGUGUAUUUUACCAAGGACUGGCUGUAAAUGUGCUUUUGAAUAAGGUGCAACUUUGCAUUUAUCUCAGUAAAUUCUUGUUUUAAUUAUGACAUAUAUUCAGAAAUCAGAUACAAGUUAAUGAUGGCGUGCCACUUACAAUGAACAUUUUAAGGGUGGACUCGUGGCUUCAACCUAAUUUUUCUCUUGAUCAAUUCAAUCACAUAAUCGUAUACAUAUGUUUAAAUGUGGCAUGAAUUAAGCAGUCACGGCAAAAUGAAUUUCUUGGUAUCAAGCCUGUUGUUAUAUAGUUUAUGUCAGAAAAAAUGCACACCCUUUGUAACAAGAUGCACACCGUCAGAUAGGCAGACAAAGAACAGGGCACACACUCUUGUUAACACUGAACAAAUUAUGUUUAUAAUUAAAAGAAAAAAUGUUUUUGA